GCUGAGUUAGAGCUGGAAAAAAUCGGACGUCACUUUCGAUAUACAUUCGACGUUGCUUUUUUCACAAAUUUUUUGCCGCUAUGUCCGUAUUCCCACAAAGAAACUAUUAAGUCUCGUAAUUACACAAGCAGUUGGAGAAGACUGAUGACUGACGCAGCAGGAGCUGGUAACCGGAAAAGCCCUGCCGGGGACACGAACACGGACUGCAUGGUGCAAACGCUGGCCGGCGGAGCUAAGGAGGCCGCCAGGCUGGAUGACCUGGUGCAGUAUGUGAGUCUGCACGUGCGCAUUCCGACAGCAUUGAGCGGUGUGGUGCUGCCCUUCGUACCGCUCUACCUGGCCGCCUUCUACCUGUGGAUCCACGUGUACGGCGGAGAGACCACUCCCAGCGACAACAAUAACGUCGAAGUGAUCUCCGGUGAGAACAUUACCAGCACGGAUGCCACCACAACGGUAUGGAAUGACGUGGGCUUCAUUGGUGUGGUGGCCAUCGCCUUUCUUCACGUUCUCACCCUUCUUUUCUGCUACUGGAGCGUUCAUGUGUUGGCCUUCCUCACGUGUCGUCGGGUAAAGCUGCCGGGCGCCAAUGUGCUGGCCAAAGUGGUGCCCACUGCGAACAAUGGCAACUCCAAGAUCGUUCCCGUGCGAUCCGCCAAACUGGAGGAUGGCUCCACACAAUAUUUCUUGGUGUUCCAAAAGACGAAAUAUGUUUGGAAUGAGGACAGGAAGACGUUCCGCGCUGUGGAGUUCCCAGUUAAUGGACUGCUAAGCAGGUACUCUGCUUCCAGAGGAUUGGAGACUGAGGAGGCCAUCAAGCGAGCCACCAACACCUAUGGAAACAACGAGAUGGACAUGGUGGUACCCGAGUUCCACGAACUUUUCAUUGAACGAGCAACAGCGCCGUUCUUCGUGUUCCAAGUGUUCUCCGUUGGACUGUGGUGCAUGGACGACUACUGGUACUAUUCCCUUUUCACCCUCUUCAUGCUGAUUGCUUUCGAGUGCACCAUUGUGAAACAGCAGCUGCGCAACAUGUCCGAUAUCCGAAAGAUGGGCAACAAGCCGUACCUGAUCUACGCCUUCCGUCAGAACAAGUGGCGGCACAUGGGAUCCGAUGAGCUGCUGCCCGGGGAUUUGGUUUCGAUCACACGCUCCCAGAACGACAACAUUGUGCCUUGCGACCUGGUCAUCCUACGGGGAUCCUGCAUCGUUGACGAGUCCAUGCUGACGGGUGAAUCGGUGCCGCAGAUGAAGGAGUCCCUGGAAUCGCUGGAUAAUUUGGAUACUGAACUAGAUGCCGAGGGCGAUGGCAAGCUUUUCGUUCUGUUCGGUGGCACCAAGGUUGUCCAACACACAGCCCCCACCAAGGAAUCGUUGCGCGCUCCGGACGGCGGCUGCAUUGGCUACGUGAUACGCACUGGUUUCAACACAUCGCAGGGCAAGCUCCUUCGCACCAUCUUGUUCGGAGCAAAUCGCGCCACGGAGAACAACGUGGAGACCUUUGCCUUCAUUGCUUUCCUGAUGGUAUUCGCAGUGGCCGCCGCCUCUUACGUGUGGGUAAAGGGCAGCGAGGAUCCAGAGCGCAAUCGCUACAAGCUCUUCCUUGAGUGCACGCUCAUACUGACGGCCAUCAUCCCGCCUGAUCUACCCAUCGAGCUCACCCUGGCCGUAAAUACGUCUUUGAUGCAACUGACCAAGCUGUUCGUCUUCUGCACGGAGCCUUUCCGCAUUCCCUUUGCUGGCAAAGUUCAGAUCUGCUGCUUCGACAAGACGGGCACCUUGACAACGGAUAAUCUCAUGGUCGAGGGCAUUGCUGGACUGGCUCCCAAUGGCGCUUGUGUGCCCAUCGAGGAGGCAGAAGCGAAUACGGUUCAGGUGCUGGCCUGCUGUCACUCCCUGGCCCUGUUGGACGAUGGAUUGGUGGGUGAUCCCCUCGAGAAGGCCACACUGGCUGCGGUGGACUGGAACCUAACCAAGACGGACAGUGUUAUACCGAAACGUUCGCAACUGAAGCCUCUGAGGAUCAUUCAGCGCUAUCACUUCUCAUCGGCUCUGAAGCGAAUGUCUGUGCUGGCCGGCUGCCUGAUACCUUACUCGAACGACGUGAAGCACAUCGGAGCGGUAAAGGGAGCCCCGGAGGUAAUUCAGAAGAUGCUGCGUGAGGUGCCCGCGGAUUACGAGAAGGUUUAUUUGGAGUACGCCCGUCGCGGUGCUCGUGUCCUGGCACUUGGCAUCAAGGACUUUGGCAUUCUGGGCAAUCAAAAAGUUCGGGAAUUGAAGCGCGAGGAAGUUGAAUGCGACCUGACUUUCGCCGGCUUUGUGAUCAUCUCCUGUCCCAUGAAGCCCGACUCUAAGGCGGUUAUCAAGGAGCUAAUUCAAUCCUCGCACAAAGUGGUAAUGAUCACCGGUGACAAUCCGCUCACCGCCUGUCAUGUGGCUCGCGAAUUGCGAUUCACCCGUAAGAAGCUGCUCAUCCUGACGCCUUCACCCGGAAAUACUUUUAAGUGGGUGUCCGUCGACGGAGAUCAGAAGUACGAGCUAGAGCGAAAGAAUAGCAAGAGAAGUAUAUCAUUGCUGUUGGCCACACACGAUCUCUGCAUCACCGGCGAGGGAUUGCAGUAUCUUCAACUGAACGACAAACAAUACCUGCGUCAAGUGUUGCCACAGAUCACAGUCUGUGCCCGCUUUGCACCCAAGCAGAAGGAAUUCGUAAUCACUCAGCUGAAGCACCUGGGUUACUGUACUCUUAUGUGUGGUGACGGCACUAACGAUGUGGGCGCUUUAAAGCACGCCAACGUGGGCGUCUCUCUGCUCACCAGUGCUCCUGUGAAGCGCAAGCGCACCGAGGAGGAGCAACAGCAGGCGGCAGCGGCUGCGGCGGCACAAGUGGCGGCAGCAAACAAUGCCAACCAGCAGUUAACGCCCAGGGAGCGAGCCCUACGCCGCCGCCAGGAGCAGAUUUCCCAGACACAGGCACGCUUGCAGACUGCGUUGCGCGACAUGGAGGAGCAGACUAUAGUCAAGCUGGGAGACGCCUCCAUUGCUGCACCCUUCACCAGCAAAUCCUCUUCGAUUAUGUGCGUUAACCACAUUAUCAAGCAGGGCCGCUGCACGCUGGUAACCACACUCCAGAUGUUCAAGAUUCUCGCCCUGAAUGCCCUCAUCCAGGCGUACUGCCAGUCCGUGCUGUACAUCGAUGGCGUCAAGUUCAGUGAUACCCAAGCCACCAUGCAGGGAAUUUUCAUAGCCGCCUGUUUCCUCUUUAUCACCAGAGCAAAGCCUCUGAAAACCCUGUCCAAGGUGGCACCACUGCCAAACAUAUUUAAUUUCUACACCAUUUCGACCAUCCUCAGCCAGUUUGCUGUGCACUUCGGAACGCUCUACUACCUGACCAGCAAGGCCACCGAGUUGGCGCCGCCCAGAGUGGGAAAAGUUAAGCUGUACAUCGACAUGGAUGCCGACGAGAAGACCAAGUACGAGCCAAACAUUGUGAGCAGCACCGUCUAUAUCAUUUGCAUAUCCCUGCAAGUGGCCACCAUUGCUGUCAAUUAUAAGGGUCAUCCCUUCAUGGAAAGCUUGCGCUCGAAUCGGAUGCUAAUGUAUGCCAUUGGAGCUUCAGCUACUCUCGUGCUGCUUUUGUCCACGGGCCUGGCGCCCGAACUGACGGAGUUCUUUGAGAUCAUUGAUUUCCCUACGGAUUUCCGUAAAAUUUUGCUCGGUGUGUUGGUCCUUGAUAUUUUCGGUGCCUUCGCUUUGGACCGCAUUUGCUCAUUCCUGUUUGGCGAAACGCGUCGUGCCGCAAAGUCAUAAAUUCUGAACUGUUUGGGACCCUUAGAACUAAGUGAUAGACAAGGAGCAGCUUCUAAAACAAUACGUUCCACAAAAUAGAUGAACUUUCUU